UCAUCUCUCCUCCAUAGACGAUCUCUGGUGACUCUUGGCUGUGACGCGUGUCUGCUCUCUGCUGGCUGACUGACAGAGAAGAAGGAGACUCAUCAUCUUCAUCUCUCUUCUUCAGCCUCCUGGUGAGAUGAAUCCGCUCAAAGGCUGAUGAGUCCCUAAAGCCAACAUAGACGAUGCACCCGAGCCAAUCUAAACCUCUUCAUUUGUGUACGCUGCUGUCAGACUGGACGGCAGGAGAUGAGACAGGUCAGCCCUGUACCGCACCAUGAGUAUCCAGAGUCUGGGAGGAGCUAUAGGGGAUUCCCUGGGCUCUAGCCUGACGGUGCGCAUGAGCGGAGCAGGUGUCGGGUGGAGCGCUCUCUCUCUGAAACCUGUUUCCUCCGGGCGGAUCGCCUCUUUGUUCCAGACCAUGGUUCCCACCGGUUACACCAAGCUACAGGAGGAGCGGCUGGCCAUGGUGGACCUCGGCGCCAAACCCGAGGCCGUCUCGCUCCAGAACGGCUACAGGCAAGAGACGCCGCACAUAGAGGGCCGACGGCUCCUAGACCGGGCCUCUCGGUCCUCUGUGACUUUAUCUGACUGCGGCGACGGAGGCUACUCUGAAACGGAGCCCAUGCUGGCCGAGAGGAGGCUCUCUGGGGAGGAGGCGUGUGAGGAGGACGAAGAGGACGAGGAGGAAGGGCUGGGGUCGCGCGCGCAUAACAUGCCCAAGGAGUCGCCACUCGCCAUGGCGCUGCAGAUCUUGCUGCCUUUCCUGCUCGCUGGGUUUGGAACCGUAUCAGCUGGAAUGGUGCUGGAUAUUGUGCAACACUGGGAGGCGUUCCAGUACAUCACAGAGAUCUUCAUCCUGGUACCUGCUCUGCUCGGCCUCAAGGGAAACCUGGAGAUGACUCUGGCCUCCAGGCUUUCUACAGCGGUGAAUGUGGGCAAGAUGGAUUCUCCCAUAGAGAAGUGGAAUCUAAUUAUAGGCAACCUGGCACUGAAGCAGGUCCAGGCCACUGUGGUGGGUUUCCUGGCAGCGGUAGCAGCCGUGGUUCUCGGUUGGAUCCCGGAAGGGAAGUUCCAGAUGAGCCACGCCGUGCUGCUCUGCUCCAGCAGCGUGGCCACGGCCUUUAUAGCCUCCCUGCUGCAGGGUAUCAUCAUGGUGGGUGUAAUUGUGGGUUCGAAGAAGACGGGCAUUAACCCCGACAACGUAGCCACACCCAUCGCCGCCAGUUUUGGUGACCUCAUAACCUUGGCGAUCCUGGCCUGGAUAAGCCAAGGCCUCUACAAGUGCCUGGAUACCUACCCGUAUGUGUCGUCACUGGUCUGCGCCUUCUUCAUGUGUCUGACUCCGCUGUGGAUCGUCAUCUCCUCCAAGCACCCGGCCAGCCGCACCCUGCUCUACUCCGGAUGGGAGCCAGUCAUCACUGCCAUGUUCAUCAGUAGCAUCGGAGGGCUCAUCCUGGACAAAACGGUGUCCGAUCCAAAUCUGGCUGGCAUCGUGGUGUACACCCCGGUUAUCAACGGAAUCGGGGGUAACCUGGUGGCGAUUCAGGCCAGCAGGAUCUCCACUCACCUGCACUUCCACUGUGCUCCCGGGGAGGUUCCCGACGAGGCCAAGGGCUGCUACUACCCCUGCCGCACAUUCUGGGGCUCAGGAGCCAAUCAUCGCUCUGCUCAGGUGCUCCUCCUCCUGGUGAUCCCCGGUCACCUGAUCUUCCUCUACACCAUCCACCUGAUGAAGAGCGGACACACCACGCUGACGCCCAUCUUCAUGUCCGUCUACCUGGCUGCUGCCAUGCUGCAGGUGUUGCUGUUGUUGUGUAUAUCAGACUGGAUGGUGCACUCCAUGUGGCGGAAGGGCAAAGAUCCGGACAGUUUUUCGAUCCCUUACCUGACGGCUCUGGGCGACCUGUUGGGCACCGCCCUGCUGGCCCUCAGCUUCCACUUCCUGUGGGUCAUAGGGGACCAGGACAGCGACGUGGGCGACUGAGAUGCCCCCGUUUUGACAAUGAGGCAGCGUCGGCGGUGACGGGGGAAACCUGCCUCUGCCAUCCGACUCCCUUAAGCCUUCUUGUGGGAACGUGGGUGCUCUCUGUCGCUGGCCAGCACAUUCCUCUGCUUCUCUACACUACACGAUGGUUUGGAAACUAUUUUCUGCUCCUGGCUUUUUUUUUUUUUUUACACACAAAAGGACAUUAUAUUCCAUAAAUUAAGACGGUACAGAUUUGAAUCUGCGUAGUUUGCACCAAAGCACUUGCAUAUUUUACUGCUGGUCUUGUUAAGAGGAGCAGGAAAGCAGCAGCCGCCACCCACAGCGCUGAGGAAACCUUGCUGCUGUUGGCGAGCUGGUGUUCCUCUGCCAGCCGAAGCAUCAGUCGGAGGUCUUCUACUUAAAAAAAAAAAAAAAAAAAAAUCUCUUUUGCUGGUGUAUGUUUUGGGGAUUUACCACCCACCGUGUCACAAACUUAUUACCUGCCUUGUGUGUUACCGCUUUGCAACAUCAAGUCAGUAGAGGGACGCGGAGACGGCCAGGUGGAGGUCUACCUGAGAUCGACUGAACUGACAUGUUCGCAGGUCUAUCAGCACCGGGGUCCGAAGGGAAUUAUACAAAUUUGGUCGACAUUU